UUACAAGGACUGUGGUACUGACUUGUGCCAACAAUUUCAAAAUGUCAGUUUCCCAAAUGGUGAGAGAAGUACAGACUACAACUACGUGGGGCAAGAUCUUCCCAGCAGAACAGAAGACAGAAGCACAGUCUCUUCUUUUUGUGAAGAAAUUGUUAUCAGUUGGAAUCUCAAACAUCACUUACUUAAGAACACUGUUUCCAGAGAGUUCUUAUGAUGAUCGGAACCUUGAUGGACUACAGUUAAAGAUGUUACUGGAGAAGUCAGCUUCUUUAAGCUCCAACAUGGUUGUCUCUUGGUUGAAGGGAUGUUUUGAAGCCAUUGAGAAGCAAUAUUUACGACAGUUGACGUUUAUAAUCUAUGCCGACCCAGACAACCCAGAAUUGGCUCUAGAGACUUAUACAUUUAAAUUCCAAUACACUAUGGAAGCAGGACCUAUUAUAAGUGAAUUGGAGGCUAACUCUGAGAUGUGCAAGAAAGAACGGAAAUUUGCUGUGAAGAAGUCAACAGAGAAAAUGUUGCGUACCAUACUGUUGCUGACGCAAACACUGAAACCACUGCCAAGGAAGGUCCACCUGGCAAUGAAGCUUGGAUAUUAUGACAAUGUGACCCCACCAGACUAUGAACCUCCUGGCUUCAUGGAAGGUGGUCGAGGAACCCUGUUUGACAGUAUUCCAGUCCAUAUAAAGGUUUGAUAUUUCCGACAUACAUUACAUUAUUAGGAGAAAUGAACUGGUUUAGUUAAGGACUUUAGUAUUACUCUCCAUCCAUCCUUCCUUGUCUGGCUGAACUUUGAGGACAAAGGUGAUUAUGCACAUA